AGCCCAACAUGGGACUCAAACCCACGAACGCUAUAGAUUUCAAUAUGAUGAAAAUUUUAAAGAAUCCAAGAGCAUACAUAACGCCCACACUCAAGGAAGAACCAAGUAUAUCAACACUAACAACAAAGUCCCAUUAUAUUAGCCCAGGUCCAGAGUUUAAUCGUGUGCUCUUCAAUUUGGGAGGUCAGAGUCCACUGGUUUUGUAUUAUCUUAAGAUGCAUGAAUUAGCUGGUAUUUCCAUGGCCCAUAGACAAACCAAGAUUAAACUCACCAAAAUACUGCAAGAACCACCACCUGCUCCAACUUACCGCGAUACCAUAAAAGAAGCACAAAGACAAUUUGCAAGGAAUCAAAAGGAUUUUAGGAUAGAGAAGCACAGAAUUAGUGAAGAAAUAAAACUCCUAAGACAGCGGCAGGAAAGAAUUGACAAGGAGCUUGAUAGACUCCAGGUGAAGGCUACCAAGAAACCCUAUGAAGCAAGGAAUGACUUUCACCAGUUCCUACAUAAACUGCGUUCUGAAGCUCGAACUGAGGGAGGGUUUCUGGCGUCCCUCUCAUCAUCAUCAUCAUCAUCAACAUCAUCAACAGAAGACUACACCUGGGAAGAAGAAGUGUGUCAAGAGAAACCAGAAACGGACUGUAUUUAAGAAUAUGUCAUACAAGUCAGUUGUAUCCGUUUAAUUGUAGCAGUAUGUUUAACUCAAGUCUGAUCCAUGAGGUCAGUAUUAAACGUCUUUUACAAAUUCA